CAUCCCUCCUAACAGCGUUGUGUCGCCGCUUCCUUUCCGCUUCCCUCGCCUCCUCCUUCCCAUUCCUACGGGGUGAGGGCCCGCUCCGCUGCCCGCCCCGGGCCGGGGAUGCGCGACGCGGCGGGAUGGAGGUGGAAGAGGCGUUCCCGCUGGUGGGGCAGAUGGGGCCGUACCAGGUGUAUCUGUGCGUCCUGCUGGCUGUGCUCCUCCAGCUCUACGUGGCCACUGAAGCCAUCCUCACUGCAUUGGUGGGGGCAACUCCUCCAUACCACUGGGAUCUGGAAUUGUUCUCAGCUAACCAGAGCCAUAGCAACCAGUCAGCGAGUGAGCAGAGAGCCUUUGGGGAAUGGCUCCUGACUGCCAAUGGCAGCGAGGUUCAUAAGCAUGUACGCUUCAGCAGCAGCUUCACAUCAAUAGUCUCUGAGUGGUUUUUAAUUGGCAACACGUCAUACAAAGUCAGUGCUGCCAGUUCUUUCUACUUCAGUGGUGUGUUUGUUGGAGCAAUCUCCUUUGGCCAACUCUCAGAUCGCUUUGGAAGGAAGAAAGUCUAUCUCACAGGUUUUGCCCUUGACAUCCUGUUUGCCAUUGCAAAUGGAUUCUCACCUUCGUAUGAAUUCUUUGCCGUGUCUCGAUUCUUGGUAGGGGUGAUGAAUGGUGGGAUGUCACUGGUUGCCUUUGUUCUACUGAAUGAGUGUGUGGGUACUGCCUACUGGGCAUUAGCAGGAUCUAUUGGUGGCUUGUUCUUUGCUGUGGGAAUUGCCCAGUAUGCUUUAUUAGGGUACUUCAUUCGCUCCUGGAGGACUCUGGCUGUUGUGGUUAACCUGGAAGGAACAGUAGUCUUUCUUCUCUCUCUAUUUAUUCCAGAGUCCCCCCGCUGGCUCUAUUCACAAGGCCGGCUGAGUGAAGCAGAAGAUGCCCUCUACCUCAUUGCAAAGAAGAACCGCAAGCAGAAGUACACUUUUUCAUUAAAACUCCCUGCUGAGAGGAGCCCCAGAGAAGCUGGCAGUUUCUUGGACCUCUUCCGAUACAGGGUUCUCUUGGGACGCACCUUAAUCAUGAUGUUCACCUGGUUUGUGUGCAGCUUGGUUUAUUACGGUCUUACCCUUAAUGUGGGUGACUUAGGUGGAAACAUUUAUGCCAAUUUAGCCCUAUCAGGGUUGAUAGAAAUCCCAGCAUACCCAAUCUGUAUUUACUUGAUUAACCAAAAAUGGUCUGGUCGAAAGAGAACGCUGAGUGCAUUUCUGUUCCUGGGAGGACUGGCUUGUCUUAUUGUCAUGUUUCUUCCUAAAAAGAAAGAUACUGGAGUUUUUGCAGUGGUGAACAGUCGCUCACUUUCUUUGCUGGGAAAACUGACAAUCAGUGCUGCAUUUAACAUUGUCUACAUCUACACAUCAGAACUUUAUCCCACAGUGAUCAGGAAUGUUGGAAUGGGUGCCUGCUCCAUGUUUUCCCGUGUUGGUGGAAUCAUUGCUCCUUUUGUCCCUUCAUUGAAAUCUGUACAGUGGUCUCUGCCUUAUAUUGUAUUUGGAGCAGCUGGUUUAUUGUCUGGGCUCUUAAGUUUAUUGUUGCCUGAAACCUUGAACAGCCCUCUGCUAGAAACUAUUUCAGACCUACAGAUAUGCUCAUACUGGAGACUGGGGGAUGAAACCAUGUCAUUGCAAACCCUAGAUGGUUCACAGUCUGGAGACAAGGACAAUUCUACAGGAAGUGGAAGUGAAGAUGAGGAGUUUUAUGAUGCUGAUGAAGAGACUCAUAUGAUCAAGUAAUGAAAAGAAGAAACACAGACUUGUUCUCUUAUUUUUUUUUUUCUUACUUGUCCAGUCAGUCCAGCUCUGAGAUGAGAGUACUGGAAACCACCUAUCAGGGAAUGUAAUUGGGCAAGUGCCUGUGUCUUUCCUGAGUAGGAAGGGACUUUAAAUACUGUUAAGAUUAAUUAUACUACUGAACCUUUUCAUGCAAGACAGCCAUUCAAAUACUUGUGGGUAGGAAUGGGAGAGAAUGCGCAGACUGCAUCUGAGUGAUAGCAAGGGAAGGAUGAUGCAUUUCUGAAACAUAGGAAAUUAUCAACUAUUUGUGCUGAGCAUCAGUGCACACAUUUCUGUUUUCAGGCUGGUUGGUUUUGACUCAUCCUAAACUUGAAAAUGUUCACUUUUUUUUAUUUCUGUGGAGUGAAAGUGGUCACACAAUGUUUUGUGUGCUACCCCAGGAGGUACAAACUUAUGAAAUUGUAUGUUGAAAUGACUUUACAUAUUGAGUGGGGGACAGGCAACUAUGAACACAAGGUUUUUCUCCUUCAGCAUGUGGACGCCUUUGUAGAAUUGCAGGGUACGGCUGAUCAGUUCAUGACCUAUCCAUGAACUUUGUGAUGAUGAAAGGCUGGGAAGAGUCCAUAACAUCUGUAGAUAUAGAGGAUGUUGCUGAUUUCUUUCUCCUCUAUCACCAAACAUUCUCUUGGGCUGCCUUACACAUAGACCUGCCACGUUUCCCACAUCUCAGAACUGCUCUUUGUAGCUUUGCCUACUUUUACUCUGUCUUCGCUUGUCCAUACCAUAAAUAUUAAAGCUUAGCAACUUCUCUGCCUGUGUGGUUAAGUAACUCUGUUAAAGGAUACAAUUUCAUGAGUGGCCCACAGGUGAGGUCGUUAUCAUAUACUGUGUAACAUGUGUUUUUAGGGUAGUUAGCUCAUUUCUAUGGAACUGUCUGCAUCUUUAUUUGUGGAAGAAACUUCAUGCUUAAGUGACAAGCAGAGCCAUGGGCUGCUGUUACAUUUUGUAGGAUUACCGUCAGAAAGCUGCUAAUAUCUAUUUAAAAUUCCUUUGUUAGGUAAUGCUCUUAAACUCUCUAAGCCAGUGUUUACUUGAUUACUUGACCUUGUUAAGGAAGACAACUUCAUUCUUUAGUUUACACUACACUUUGUUUUGUUAGAAGGAUAUGAAAUCUUGUAAAAACUAAAAAGCAAGGCCUUAGGAAGAUUCAACACUCAUCCUCUAACCACUUGCUUACUGUUUACUAACAGUGGUUUCCACAAGUUGUUUGCUGGUUUUUAUACUUGAAGAUACUAAGAAAGUUCUGUGUAGAGACUGAAAAGAGCUGUCAGCCUUGCUAGCCAUUUUUUGUGAAUAGUAGGUUUAGAAAAUGGGAUUAAAAAAAGAGAAGAGCUGUCAGCUGAAUUUAUUCCAAUUAAACUGAGAAGUUCAUUUACUCUGAAAGGAAGUGAAACUGAACAGCACCUGGAGGUUAUAGCUAGCUGCUUGACCUUUGUUCAUUGCAAGUGUAGUGCUGUAAUGCUACUACCCUUCUUGUUGGAGCAGGAAGCCCAGAGGCUACAGAUUGAAGCAGGCAAUACUCCCACUUGAUCUGAGUUUGUUUCAAGCUUUGGCUGGGAGCAGAGUAGGCAACUUCAGUCCACGCAGACAAUGCGCCUUCACUUUUUCUUCCAGACUGCUGUGUAGUUGUUGUAACAGGGUGCUUUUAAUCCCAGCUGGAUAUUCUUUCUGUCUAUAUUUGGCCCUCAUACAUGCUUGAAAAUUUGUCUAAAUAAGGUACUUGUAAAUGCUUGGAAUGUUCGAGUGUAUUUAUUCAAAGAUAUUUUUAGUUCUGUAUUCACAUUUUGAAUUAUGGAUGGUUGGAAGAGUGUCAGGUUUGGUUUUGUUGUUGAUGACUUCUAAAGACAUAAAGCCUGCUUACUUGAAAGCAAACAGUGGUAAGCCUGGCAUUAUUAGCAUGCUGCCAAAAUCCAGCAUAUUUUUUAGCUGCUUAUUUUCCGUUCUUUCCCUGAGAGGCAGACAAGAACUGUUAGCCAUUCUUUGUUCAUAGUUUGUGUGUCAUUAUCUGUUACUGGCAGCAACAGUCAUGCCACAGGACAUUGUGCCUACAUGGUUUUCAGUAGGAAGAGUAGGAUGUAACAGUUCAGGUGGGGAAAUUACUUUGCAGAACCUGAAUUGGAUUUUUGUGGUUCUUCAAUUUUAAGCAGUCUUCAGCUUGUAAUCAGACUUCUCCAUUCAUGCACUUUUGUAUUGUAGGUAUAGAUGUAAAAAAUCAAAACCGAGAGUGAAGAAAAUGUAUUUUCUGUUUGAUAAGUUACUGUGCUUUAUUUAAGAAACAUAGGAAUAUAGGAAUACUUUGUUUCAGCUGAAGGAAGGUGUACUGAUUAUCUUUCCCACUCUUAGAGCAUCCUCUAAUCACACUCUCUGACAUAUAGCUGAAUCAAUGCAUCUGUGCAUGCAGUUUGUGAGCGUGGUGGUAAAUAUGUCUGAAGAGCUCAUGAACAGCAGUACUGUCAUUUGAUGGUAGAAGUCAGUCUGGCCUGAUAUACUUAAUGCCUGUGUCAGAAAUGUCUAUAUGCAGCUGUUAACCAAACAGAACAGUUAUUUACAGGUGUAUUUUGAGUCUCAUUGCUUCUAUCUUGCUGCAAGAUGUAUUAAGUGAAGGAAAGACCUGUGUGAGAAAACCUAUGUGACAUCCGAGCGUAGAAUUGGAGUGUGAACAAACUUAGAAUUUUCCAUGCCAUGUCUUUUUAAUGCCUUAGCUGUGUUUUGGUACUACUAGCUCCUAUCAUCAUGGAAAAAAACCUCUUGUGUUGCCUAAUGGAAAGUGGAUUUUUUUCCUGCUCUAAUUUAUUGUAAGUGCCUGUAUCAUGAAAGGCUUUUUAAUUUCCUCAAUCAACUUGAUAUGGGACUGUGUGUAAAGUAACAUCACAGAACUGGAUGAUGUAAGUGCCAAAGACCGCUUCUGCUGGAAAGCAACAGUCCAAGACUAGUUCUAGCUGCACUCAUUUGGAAUUCCUCCAUGCAACCUGCCAAAACUGGUACUUAGAAGCAUCUCCAGAGCUUCAGGGGACAGAAAGUUACCUUCAUUUGCUUGUCUUUCCCUCUUCAGUUCACUUAAAUAUUUAAUGUUUUCUGAAAGAACUAAGAUUUGUAGAAGAGGCUUACUUGCCAGUUAGAGAAAUCUGCAGAGCCUGUUUGCUUCUGAGUUGCAAAAGCCAAAGCUUACUCUCAAAGACUGAUAAAAUCUGGUAAAAAAACCUGCACAGAUUUGUCUAAAAGGUGCAGUUUGAGGCAUCACUAAAUAGUGAUUUCUGUAGUUUAACUCCCUACUACAACUACAAAAUUCAGUGCAAAUCGGCUCUAUUGUUGCAGGGUUUUUUGCCAGCAAAUGAGCAAGUGCCUAAAUGUGCUGCAGGAGCUGGAUGCCAUCAGAAGUGUGGUUUAGGGAAAUAAUCUGCAUUCUCCACUGCACGUGCAGAAUGAAGUAAGGCCAUGAUGCGUCAGGAUCCUCUCUUAUAUAGCAAGCUUAUAGAAUGGAGUGUAUUUAAACAACUGUCUGCCCAUCUUCAUUUACAAAAGGCCUUAAAAAGUAAAGUUAUUUUACAUGCAAGUUAGUGCUUACCAACUCAUCUGUGAUGUUUAAAGAUGUCCCAGAAGAAGUAUCUGCUACAUCCACAUUCUAACAAAAUAUUGUAAAAUGAUGGAAACUUGCCUGGGAGACAGACAUUUCUGAUAGCAGCUUGAGGGGGAAAAAAAUCAUUGUUUCAAACUGAUUAAAAGCUUUCUAAUGUAGAACUGACAGCUGCUGAGUGGUUUGUAGUAGAAGAGUUCACUGCAGUUGCUGUGAUGUCAAGUAUGACUUCAAAUGCCUGUUUUUCAGUACUAGACUCACCUCACUCCCCAAAGUAUAAUCCAGUUUCCCAUCUGUUCUUGUUAAAAAUAUGAAGGUCUUGUAGAAACUGGGCAUAUAUUUUUCAUAUGGAUGCAUUUAUUGCACUACUUUCCUUCUUGAAUCUAAUUUUACUUUCAUUUUUUAAGCUACUACCUCCUUAUGUUGAGAUUUUUGUCACUUCUGUAUUUAAUAGAGUUUUAGAUAAUAUAAAAUAUUUCCAUUUUUUAACUUAUGUAGUAAUCCAUGAUUUAAACAGAAGGAAGACUUGUGCUUUUUAAAGUUUUAUUUAAAGGCUUUUUAAAAGUAGCAUAAAAUGCUUUUGGAGGACCAGAAUUACUGCACCUUUAGAAUGUGGGUUCUCUUGUGUACACUGUUAUCAAGGACAAGUAACCUUUUAUUUUGUACUAAUCUCAAUUGAGGGGAUAACUUGUGGGGAAUGAAGUUUUGAGUUAGGGAACUUAACUUAUUGCCAAUUGAAGAUCUUCUAUUUAUUGCUGUUGGUAUUGAGGGGGAGAAAAAUAAUUGGGGGAAACACUGCUGCUUCUCUCUGGACACCUGGACACUCUUCCAUUGCCACCUUGGUGGUCUCCUGUCCCAUUACUCUCAGUUCCUUCAGUAAGGCAACAAGUAGCUCAUGAGAUUGGGAUCAGCACGUCAUGCUAGCUGUCCUUCCUUGCUCCUUAUUUCUUACUCAGCUUCUCUACUGUGGGUUUCCUCAAUGUAUUCAGUGCCCCUUAGAUCUUUCUUCUCUUUCUCCCUUUCAUCUCUUUCAAAGUCUCAUCCUCUCAGCCCCUGCUUGGGCUGCAGUUCUUUUUUGGCAUUUCUUCUGCCCCUAUCUCCCUUCUGUCAUCCUGUGCUGGCAUAGUCUUCUCUGUCUCUGGCUGACAGUUACUAUGAGCACAACUUGGUACUGUAGUCCCUUUCAGAGUUACUAUUGUCUUAGGUCAAAUAAAUGAAGCUCCUGAGGAUAUAAGCAGACAUUUAUAGCCACAUUCUGUGUCUGGUUACGUGUUUGUAUUCUCACUGAUUUCGUAAGACAGAUCUUAGAUUUCCACUUGACCAGAGGAGCAGCCAAAGGGGUAAACUUCCUUCUCUCUGCUUAAGCCUUCAUCAUCAUGAAAUCAAAUCUUUCUACAGUCUCUUUUAUCUUAUAGAUGUAAAGUCCUGGUCAGCUCAGAGUUGAGUAACAGAGAAGAGGCAGUACAGGGAAUUGAUUCUUGUUUGAAGCAGUGAAUCAAGUUGUAUGUAGAUGGUAUGUAUAUAUAUAUAUGGGCGGUGACUUGAAUACUGACCAUCAUGAGCCUUCCAACAUUAAAGCACAGACUGAUAAAUGUCAGAGUACUUCUUUAAUUGUAUUAGUGCGCUGUUGUUAAUUCAAAGUUGUACCGAUGAAAAGUCUGUUUAGAAUACUUGAUCUGAGGAGCCACAUUUAAGGCAUCGUGUGCUUUUCCAUGAUAGACCUUUUAUGGAGUUAUGUCCAUACUUAUCUGUGAACAGUUGUUGGGUCCAUCUCUUCUCACAAUGUUCUUUACCCUAAGCAAGGGACCAGAGCAACAAGUGUAGAAAUAUACAGAGUAAUUGCACUUAUCUGUUUUGUUUUCUUAAUGUAUUUCCUAUGCAUACUGCCUUACCCAUGUGUACUGUGCUUCAUUGGUGGUACUAAAGGUGAACAUCGGGUUUUUAAUUUAUAAAAUAUAAAAUUAGGUAUUUAAAAAUAAUAAUAAUUCUGUAGAGUUAUUUAUUCCAAGAUAGAGAGAGAUGAUGGUAAGCCCGUUUGAAUUUAAUGAAAAGUUAAUAUUGGUGGUCUUUAUUCUCAGUUAAUUCCUGAGUGGUUUGGAUCAUUUGAAAUAAAUAUAAUAUUUUAAGAUUUAUUUUUUUUUGUAGAGGAAAGCUCACUUUUAGGUGUCUAGUAACAGCUCUGAUACUGCCUCUGACACGUGUACUUCAUAUAAUGUCUUUGUAACUUAUUUUGUGCCUUUUCUUCCCCUGACACAAAAAUCUCUCAAUAAAAACAAACUCUUUUGGAACACUGUAAACCUA